AUGAUUGUCGAUCCUGGCUGCUGGCUUGAGCUACGUAAGAUCCACCGUUCCUUCCAUGGCCUCUCUCUAUCAGGUUUUGAGACCAUGGCGAUGGUUUUGGUUCAUCAAUCAACACUGCAAGAUUUUGAAACCAGUUGGGCAUCAGCCCACAGUGCACUGGUCCCUGGAGUUGUGUGGAUGCCUGGAAAGGAUUCGUCCAUGUUGGAGAGAUGGGUACACCAAUACUUGAUAUUAAAAAUCGCUUGCAAGAUCGCAAUGGGAGUGAGUAUCUGCAAUGGAAGGAGACGUUGUGUUCCGUAG